AUGACGAUUCUCAACUACUACUAUCUUGUUAUGUCAUCAGAUGAGCCAUCCACGUCUUCUACAGUAACCCAAAAAGAUAACACAGUACCCCUUUGUACUGUAUGUGGUGACGUAGCGAAUGGUAAAAGAUACGGUACAUGGGCAUGUCUAGGGUGUAUCGUGUUCUUUCGGAGGACCGUUUUGAGGAAAAUGAAGUAUAAAUGUCAAAGAGAGGAAAGAUGUGAGGUUACUGUAGCCAUUCAAAUCCGUGACGUCAUCGGACCUCGAAAACCAAAAAGUGGAAGUACAGUAAGCCAAAAUCGCUCAUCCGCCUCCCCGCUGACUCCAUUGCUACCAUCUAAUCCCUCGACGCCUUCAGAAUUCUUUCCUCCAACUCAUACGGAGAAUUUGGACCAAAAUUUGGACCUAAACGUUUUUGUGGACCUUCAAAAAGAUCAAUGGGAAAAUCAUAAAAACCAUGUGGAAGAGGAGGAAAAAUUUUCAGAUGGAUGUGUUUUUAUGAAGAAUACCUAUCAUCGUCGUGCCACGUCGUCAGAUAUCAACUUAUCACUAAAAUUAGCUAUCCAAGAUUCAAAUUCCUUUGCUUCUCAAUUCCAAUUUUUUCGAGAGCUUUCCGAAGAAAAUCGGAUAAAAGUUUUAAGAGAAUUCUCAAUUGGAUUCAUGAUUUUGGACCAAGCCGUAAGAACUAAAAAUGAUGCAGAUCCGGGAUUUUGGAUUCUUCAAAAUGACAGUUUUUUGGGAUUACACCCAGAUUUCAAAUUUGAGGAAAUGGACGAAAAUUUGGAAAAUUUGGAGAAAGAAAAAUCUCAUUUUGAUUUUGUCACCCAGCUAAUUGACACAAUUAGCGAGCCAAUUAAGAAGUUGGAAAUUGAAGGUACAGAAAUUGCGAUUUUGAAAAUUUUGAUGUUCUUAACUUCUUCUUCCAAUAAUGAUAAUCAUCUUCGGAACCACUUUUUGCAACUCCUAAUGGAUCACUUGACCUCUAAAGAUGCUGAAAAUGGUCCUGAAAAAUUUGGAGAGAUAAUUUUGUUGAUUAGCUCAAUUAGAUGUACAAUUAAGAGUUUUUAUAAUUUAACGAAAAUUAGUGAUUUAUUUGAUGUUAGGAAUUUUGAGCAUUGUGUUAGAAAUGUUCUUGUUGAUUGA